AACAUUAAAACUACGACGUUUCAAGCCAGCCUAUUGAAUUAAACGCGUUAGAAUACAUAUUUUCAGUAUAAUAAAUUAUUACUUCCGGUUGUUCAUUCACGUGUACAAUGCGGAAGAAGUGAUUUUUUUGCAAAUGCAUGAAAUGUGAAGAACAAUGAUCAAUCACACCACUCCUAUAAACGAUACAAAAUAGAUUGAAAUGAAUACUUCCUUUUCGAAAGGAAAUCUUUUUUAAACAAACCUUUGACGACCGCGUAUAUAGAAAACGUGCAUUGAGCUUUGGUGUCAGAGUUGUGACGAAAACGUGCAGUAAGAAUGAUGGGUAUAUUUGGUAUCAUACUUACGUUGAUGGGUAUGUUUGUCGUGGAAUCCUAUCAGACAGAAGAAUUAGUCCACAACGCUAGUUACAGUGUUGUUUUUAGACUUACUCAAACAGGCUUAACUUACGCUGUCAACACAAUUUUGGAGAAAGUAAAGGUACAGAAUAUUUCAGCAUACAGUUUCUCCUGUGUCAAUGAAACAACGACCAGCGUAAAUUACUACAUGGAAAGCUUACAGAUCAUAAGAUACACCAAUCUCAAUGCAUCUGCCAGCUUUGAACCGGAUCCUUCUUCUCGUGUAAACCUGACAGUCCAUGAUCUCUCUGUAGAAUUGCAGGGGAAGGUGCGGUGUACACAUAGACAAAGGAGAGUGUUUACUCAGAAUUGCACACUUAAAAUGGAAAUACGAGGAUCGGGCUAUUUCCUUUCUCAUAUAGGAAGAAACGGAGGCAUGUUUAAAUUACGGAUGGUUAAAAAAGACUGCCAUAUUCUUCCAUCCAACAUUACAAUCAAUUUCACAGAAUGUGACGAGUCAGUGGAAUCGGAAUCACUUUGUAACAAUGGUUCAUCGGACUUCAUAGAACAGUUCAGAGAGAAUCGAAUAGGCGAGGCCAAGCUAUGCCUUCUUUUAACGUUCUUUAUCAACUUUAAAGAAAAUAAAGAAAUGGAAGAUAUUGACCUACUCCCAGCGAUAUCAAAAAUCCCGUUUGGGGCGAAUUUAUCAAUGACGAAGGAUCCCAAAUACACCAACGAAUACAUAGAAACAUAUCACGAGGGAGGAAUAUUCUGGCUGUCAACAGGGGAGAACUAUAAUGUUACUCCUAUUGACUUUACAUUGCAUAAUGACAGUUCUAAAAUGGUAUACCUCUGGGUUUCCAAGUCUGUGACUGAAUCAUUUUUCGAAGGAAUCCAAAUACAUGGAAUGCUUCACUACCUCAUCACAGCUCAAAAGGUUGGAAGUGGACUUAAUACUACAUGCACGAAAGGUGUUUGUGUGGGACGUUUAGUACCAGAGUUGGGAAAGAAGUUUCCUAAGCAGUACAUGGAUCUGGAGGUUUACAGCAUUAAGAAUCCCACUGUGAAGUUCCAGAAGAAUUUGGCGAUUUUGGGUGGAAAAAUGGUUAUGUUUGCGAGCAUUCGGGAUCCAAUAUCUGGAGUCUCAUUUGUGAUUGCCAAAUUGACUGGAGAAGUACAAAUACAGAUCAAAGUUAAUAUGCGGAAUUUAACAUUACACGGAGAAGUCGUGUCAUUUGAACCAUCCAUUGAAGAUAUUACUUCACCUUACGUUGACUUUAAUAGUCAGACGGUGAAUUUUAUCCUAACUGGUGCAGUUGUGGUGGCAAUAGAACCUCGGCUAAAUGCCCUAGGGAGCACUGGAAUAACAUUACCGGUACCAAAAAUAGAACUGUACAACACAACGAUUGACCUCAUAGAGAAUGCCAUUGUCCUUGGGAGUGACGUCGAAUAUAUUGAACGUUAAGGAGUAUAGUACAUUUGAAUAUUAUACCAUCUGAAAAGUAAUUCAAAACAACACGAAGAACGAAUAGUACAUGCAAGAGAGGCUGCAAUGAGUGAAUGUUUGAAUUGCUUGUUCGCAGGAAGAAUUUGGUUUUAAAAAACACCGCAAACGUCAAAUUCGCUAUCUAUCUGAACUGUUCCCCUUUUUAAUGACAAAAUCGUGUUAUUUUCACAAGAACUUCUAUGUCGUCAUCAAAUAUAUCAAGCUGGAAUUGCAAUUAGGGGUGUUAAAGAAAAGACAUUCGCGAAAAUAUAUCAUUUCUCAUUAUUUGGAAAACAUGUUUGAUAAUGGUAUCAGUCCAGCCAUGCGUAUGGACAAUAACAUUUGGAAAUAGACGGUUUGAUGUAUCUGGGGAACACAUUGCCUGAAACAAUGAGAUUCGAAACGGAUCUAACUAGAUUUAAAAAGUGUUUAAAAACUUUGUCUUUUUUAAAAAAAACAAACAUAUAUAGACUACUUUUAGAUCUUUGUUAAUCUUAAAGCUGACAUGAAUUAAUAAAUAUAGUAUAAUUCUAUAUGUCCGCCAUAUUUCUCUGCUAAUCCGCCAUAUUAGUUGGAAUUUCUAUUGUUAUAUGUAUCGGGGUUCACAUGGUAUAUAAGGGGACGAGCUUUGCUACGCUUCACUUUACAUCAGUGUCUUCGAUUUACCUGUGCGGGUAGCUUCGACAGGUAACACGUACAUCUCUGAUACUAAUUUAUAGGACAUCAAGAAGAAAUGAAAUCACGUUUUGGAACACCACGCAGUGCUCAAAAUUAUAAUAAACAUAUCGCACAGUAGUAAAUCAUUCUAAAUAUAUAUAUUUGGAUAAAUAUAUAUAGAAUGCCUUUUCUUUACGUGAACGUGCGUACAUUUGCAGUAAAUAUGUCAAAACUAUACGAAAAUGCGGAGAAAUAUUUCAUUUUUUAUCUAUUGAUAAAAUGGAAUAAGCAAAGAGUAUACAAUCUAUACCAUUCACAAUUACUUCAAGUAAAAGGCAAAGACAUAUAUACUACUGUACUUAUAAAAAUGGCAUGUAUGCUCGCCAUGAAAACGCAUCGAAUGCGGACGACUAUUUACCUGGGCCUACUCGUAAUAUCUGUAAAGGACCGCAGAUGUACGUGUACACUUGUCGAAAAUACUCUCUAAGUAGUAGUAAAACUCCCUUUAUUUGCAUAAUCCAUGAAACAAAACGAUAAACUCCAUUUGCAUUCCAACAGUAAACAACAUUGUCCAUUGUGCAGACUGCGACACACUUAGCCCGUGCCGAUCAGCUAUCUUCAAUCAGGGGAAGUAUCAGAGUAUAAUAUUUACCCUGUAUUGUGCAUGAAUCCUUAUACAUUUGUACCAUAUGAUUUACUGGUCGGAGUAUUGCAGAUUUAUAAAUCAAGAAAUCAUUUAGGUACAUAAAUUUGCAUAUACAACACUGUACGAGUGUAUGGGAUGAGAGAGAGAGAGAGAGAGAGAGAGAGAGAGAGAGAACAACGAGAGAGAUAACGACGAGAGAGAGAGAGAGAGAACCGAUGAUCUUGUAAUAAUCGUGCUCUUAUUAAGACAAAUGAUAUCGUUAAUUCAAUAAAAAGAAAACAGUACUAGUAACUCAAUAUUGCUCUCAUUAAUUGAUAAUACAUAUUUAUUUGAUUCAUUUAAAGCACGCAUUAAUUAAAAAUUAAACAUAUUUUUAAAUAAUGUUAUUUUCAAUUACUUCAUUUUAUGCUAAUUUGGCGUUCAAUAGAUCUUAUAUAUCUAUGCCAUUUUGCGUUAUUACAUUCUGCGUCUAACUCGACGCAAAUUGUACUAAUGCAAAAUGUAAUAAUCGAGUUUAUCAUAUUAUGUGUCGUUAUCAAGCAUCAAGGGGAGAGGACAAGAGUGUCUGUCACCCACCUUUAAUAACAAUAUCCAUUUUUUGUUAGUUUGUAAUGCAAAUAAAAGAUACAUUGAGUGACAACCCAUUUACCCCAGCUUGAAAGUUCUGAUAUAAUAGGAGAAGACACACCACCACUAAUUAAGAAAAUGAAGAUAUGAGGCACUCAUAGUAGAGGACUCUAACCACCCCAUCCGACCCCCAACGAUUGAAGAAAAUGAAGUGUAGGGGGAAAUUAUUGAGGUAGUCAAAGUAAAAGACUCUUUAACCCUUCACCCCACAUUAGGACUUUGAACAUCGGACAAAACAUCUUGGUUUGUUUGGGUGUUUUGUUUUAUUUUAUUGCUGUUUUCGUUCAUCUUUUUAAAUUAUUAUUUUGAAUGGCAAGAAAUUUGAAGAAUCCAAUUUUCCAUUCCCCCCCCCCCCCCCCUGUUGUACCCCCCCCCCCCCCAUGAAAAAUGACGAUACAUGUCUGGUUAUUACAUGUACAUUUUGUUUUGCAACACAUGCAUGUAUACUAAUUGUAUGGUGCAUGUAGAAUUGCACCCUUUACCAAGUUUUCCUUCAUUUACAGUGUAACGGAAUGGUAAACCAAAAUCACAAAACAAAAUGCAUAAAGACCAAGAUAUUUUCAAACGUAGGAACUUCAUUCAUGAAUACAUAAAUACAUGUAUUCAGAAAAAUCGCAUGCAUGCAUUGCAGGACUAUUAUAUAGCAUUUGUGUGUUUUAACGUUUCUGUAACAUGCCAUAAUGAUUACUUUGAGGCUUGAGUGUAAUUUAUUCAUAAAUAUUUUCAUUUCGUAGAUCUGGCGCAAUGUCCAUACCGCUGUACGUAGAAAUUUCAAAUUCAAAUGUAUUCGAUAAGAUGUUAGUAUGCAUAAAUCAGUAAAAUUCGUGUUGAGCUUUUAUUUGAUAUGAUACAAUGUCAAUAUACUGUAAUGCAUUAGUAGGAUAUGCAGAAGGCAAGAGUAUAAACAUUUUCUUUUUUCAUUAUCAGUAUCAAUAUCUAUAUGAUCACGAAAAAACAUUAUAUAAUUUAUAUCCGGAUUCAUUUAUACCGAUUUAUAUAUCAAUAAAAACAAAGCUGCAUAGUUUGGGAGAGGGGUUUCUAAUGAGUCUGAUGAAAUUAAAAGAAGGAACCCAACAUUUGCAUUCAAACUAGAUAUACUUCAACAUGAAUUCAUUUCUGAUCUGACUGAAAGCAUGAUUCUAAAUUCGGGAACGAAUCUUGCAUACAAAAUAAUUAAUAGGGGAACACAUAAAUUCGAGCUCCUUUGGAAUUUAAUGAAAUGUAGAUAUUCACCUUUCUUUCAACACGAAUUGAUAUGUUGUUUCAGGCACGAAAACAGGGGGUUGGGGUGGGCAGGAAGGCUGGUCUGCUUUCCCCACUUUUUUUUGACAAUUUACUUUUUUCCCCGUUAUUCUAACAUACAAAGUCAGUAUUUUUUCUACAUGCACAGUUCAAACUAAUAUUUUUUUUAAAAUUUGUAAUGAAUUCAAUUAUAAGUAUCAACUCCUGUAAGUUUCCAAUAUAUUGUCAAUCACAAAUUUUUAAAUAGCUGGAAAUUUUUAAUGCUUGAAAGCUUACAUUUAUAUAAGUGAUCAAUUUUCUUUCCUUCUGUGAAAUGGUAUAUUAUAAAUCGAAAUAGGACGGUCGCUCUCUCUCUCUCUCUCUCUCUCUCUCUCUCAAUGAAUAUGGACAUACAGAGACCGUAAAUGAUUAUGUGGUUCCAAAAGAGACAACAAAACUAUAUUUUCGUUUCUAAAUUUCCUUUCAUAUGUGUCUUUGUGUAAUGAACUGUUUAUUAUGGAUUGCAAAUGUAAUACACGCAUUUGCACACAGAUGUAUAUUUUCGAUCAUUAUUCCCUUAUUUGUAUAUCCAAGUUUGUAUAUGAUCAUCGAGAAAUUUUGAAUUGUGCACGCAAUAUAUCCAACCAGAUAUUAGAUUCCCCAUUUCUAUAAACUGCAAAACCUCGACCAGACAAGCAUUCAAUACAGGAAAAAUUUUCGACUCUGACAUCUCCCCUGAUUGAAGACACACUGUUUGGCACGGGUGAAGUGUGUCGCAGUCUGUAUAAUGGAAUGAAAACGUGUUGUAAAGUUCUAACGAGAUACAAAUGGAGUUUAUCAUUUUGUUUCGUGGAUUUAUCAGAAUAAAGAGAAUCUAAUAUUUUCGGUAAGUGCACAUCUCCGAUACCUGUUGAAUAGACGCCCGUAUUUGAUACUUUUUUUGGCGAUUAUACCUUGUGCAUUGCAUAUUAUGCAUAUGGCAUGCACCUUUAUUUUGCAAGAAUUGAUAUAAAUAAUAUAUUCUAUGCUCUUUGCCUAUUCCAUUCUAUCAGUAUGUAAUUGGCAAAUGAUUUAUCCGCAUUUAUUUUAUUAGAAAAUGCAAAUACUUGCAUGCAUUUACAAGUAUGCAAGAAAAGCUUCUUUUUUUUUUGCAUUUUUGUCUAACUUAUCUAAACUUCCAGAAUGUUGCAUUAGUAUACAAUCAAUAUUUUGUAAUUUUGAGCAAAGCAUAAUGUUUUAAAAUGUUCUUUUAUUUGUUUCUCAUUCCCUAUAUAUUACUAUCGGAGAUGUGCACUGGUCGAGUCCACCUAGAAAAAUCACUCAGGUGUGACAAUCACAUUUGGGGUAUAUACGGGUAGAGUAAAUUAGGCUACCUGAAAGAAAUAUGGCGGAUAAGAUGAGAAAGGUGUAUGUAUUUAUUAAUUCAUGUCAGCUUUAAUAUAUUGACAAUAACAAUGCUGUAUUUGUGUACCAUGCAAAUCUUAAAAAAUUCUCACAUUUCUUAACUUAUUGAUGAUUUUAAUUGUUGUUUUUAAUUCAUACUGUAGGUAUUAAUUGAUAUGAUUUAUAUAUUUUUAAAUUUAUGUCAUUUACAAUGUACUUGUACAUUUCAAAAAUAUAAUUCUGUUUAUUAUACUUUCAUGUAAAAUACUCGAAUCUGAUUGGUCGAGAAGCAUUUGAAAAAACAUUGUUACCCUCUGAGAACAGAAAGCACGCGCCCCAG